UUGACAGAUCUCUAUUUGUAAUGUGCGACACCGAAACUAAUUAUGAAAUUGAAAUAUCUCUGGAACUCAAAAUCUCUCCAUUUUAAUUGUAGUAAUUAUUAAAUUAUCAUUUUUACUUGAGAAUUUAAAAAAUAAGUACUUUGGAAAAUCGAACACAUAUCCGUCACCAGACUUCAUCAGAAUUGCCGUUUGCCGGCUCCCUCCAAAAUGACGGGAAAAUCAUACACAAUGAAAGAAAUGAAGAGUAUUGUGGAGUACUUAGUAGCUCACCGAGUGUAUGGUGAGGUAAAGGGAAGAAAAAUGUGGAUGGAUUUUGCAAGCACAUCUGAAACAUCUAGAACAUGGCAAAGUUUAAAGGAAACAUUUUUGAAAAGGAUUCUGCCUGAUAUACACAACCCAUAUUAUAAACUAACCAAGGAGCAGAUAUUGAGCUUUAGACAAGGAUAUGACAUUGAAACAAGAGAAAAAAACAAACUUGAAGUAUGUGCAGUAGGUGAAGAGUCAAUUUCCAAAGAUGAAAGUACAAAUAAGGCCCACCCCAGUACAAGUAAUGACAAUGAAGGAGAAAAAGUGUCAGGUGAGGAUGAAAUUUCUUCAAAAAUACCACUACAUAACAGAGCCUCUACUGAAACUAUUGUACUUGAUUCUGAUGCAAUAGAGAAAGAAUUGGAGUCUCCAAAGUGCGACAAAAGAAGAGAAUCACAAGAGGAAAACUCGUAUAAUAAAAAAUUAAGGGACUGUAUAACUUACGCGGAACCACCGACACCUUCCAUUUUACAAGUUUUACAUGAUUUUGUUACUGAUGAAUCUGAUGACUCAAGUGGUGAACCAGUAUUAAAGAUUGAUGAAAAUAUCACAUCUGACAUUGAAAAGCAAUCAAGCAAGACUCAAACUGAUGAUAAAUCUGAGGAUAAUAAUAAUAAAUCUAAUAUUGAAAAUGGGCCUGAAAGAGUGUCACCAUCUACUGUUGUUGUUAACAAUUCAAAAAGUAUUGAAAAUACUUCAGUAAAUGAAAAACCUGAUCCAACAAAACAAAUAGAAAAUGAAGUAAUUGCUGAAGAUAAUAAUAAAAACAAUACCAGUCAGCUAGAUGCUUCUUCUAAACUGAAAAAUAACACACAAAGUAGUUCUGUUAAUAGUAACGAUACAGAAUUGCCAGGUAAUCAAGAAGAAUUUGCAUCUAUUACUCAUCAGAAAACGAAAGGAAGUUCAGAAAAUGGAGAUUUCUAUAUAAUAUUAGAUUCUAAUAAAACUAUGGGAAAUACUAAAAUUAAAUUAUCCAGAAGGAGAGCAAACUCUGAGGACAUUUCAAUAAAUGCUGAAAAAAAAAAGAAUGUGGAACAGAAUAAUAAACAAAAGUCUAUUUCUGAAGCUGGAUCUGAUGUUGCAGAUCAUCAGAAUGAAUUAAUACACCCUUCAUCCUUAACUGACAAAGAUAACAAGAAAAAAACCAGUAAUGUUCUUGAAAUAGAUAAAAAUAAUGAAGAUCAAUGUAACAGAAUGGAAAAUACAUCUCCAGCUAACCGAAGCGAGGAAAUAUCUUCUUCUCAAUUAAACCCAUGUCUGAAGAGUGUAAGUUUAUUUGCUGAGCAGUUUAACACCACAAAAUAUAGUGAUUCUGAAUCUGUUGAAGAAGUUACUAGUAAUAAAAAUGGUGGUAAGAAUGAAAAUAAUGAAGCACAUAGUUCUGCUAAUCCUCCAAAAGAAACUAUUCAAGACAAUGUUGAGAAAGAUAAAAUAAAACAUGCAUCCAUAGACAUUAAUAGUGUAGUAAUCUUAAAAUCACGAUCUGAAUCUGAUUCUGAUAAUGGUGUGCCCUCAAAGAAAAUUAAAAAUAUAGAUCCUAUACAUAAACUACAAAGAGAAAAAGCCUUAGCUAGUAUAUUUGGAUUUUCAACUGGUGGAAUGGUUAAAAGACGCAAGAGGAAUCUAAGCUGUCAGAAGCCGUCCACAUCGCAGCGUUAUUCCCAAACUCGUGUAAAUGAUAAAAGUCUAGAAUCAAGCGAGUGGACGUCAGAGAGUGACUUUGAAUACACGUCACCCCCGCGCGGUCGCAAGUACAGACAGAGUAGAAAGUAUGUGAAACCGAAAUCAGCCCGUAUAUUAUCAUUACAAGAGGAAGGUGGUUUAUUCGUUAUGCAUGGAAAGAAAAUCUACCCACUAGUGAAAGACGGGAAUAUUAUAAAAAAUUAUCUCACAUACGAAUCCGAAGAUGAUCAAGAAGAAGAUCCUACUUAUUGGAAGAAAAAGUAUGAGGAAGAAAAAAGAAAAACGGAACAAUUAAAAGUAUUGUUAGAUGUAGCCAAGGAAUCGAAGAAUGUAAGAGAAGUUUCACCUAUACUUCCCACCCACUCAUUACGAAAAAUACCAAAAUUACAGAAUAGUGCAUCACCAAGUAAAUCAAAUGAAACUAAAGAACUACUUCCUGUACAAACGGAAAAGAAAGAAGAGAACACAGAAGAGAAGAGAGUAAAAAUAAAAUUUACUAAGAAUAAUGAGGAGGUGCAACUGGAGGGCCAUUGGUCACAUAUUCACCCGGUUCUUGCAGAGGUGGUGCAAUUUUUUAACAAAGAUGAAAAAGAUGGCGCUCGAGAUGUACCUGUAACCAAUGGUUCUGUAGCAAGGCCGUGCAACAGGGACUUGAAACCUGUUACCACUGUACCUGUUACCACUGUACCUGUUCCCACGGCAUCUGCUACCGCUGAACCUGAGGCUGCACUACCUUAUGAUGAAGAGGUCCGUAAGAAAGUGAAUACCUUAGAGAGUGAGAUAUUUAAAGAAAUAGAAGACAGAGAUAAAGAAGAAUUAGCAGACUCAACAGACCAAGAAAAUAUCACUAAAAGAAAGAAACCUAGCAGACCGCCAAAGUUGUCUGAUUCCAAUGAUAGCACGUCAACCACGAACACAUCACGGUCACCACGACCGAAGAGGAGUAUGAGGAACAGUAAAGCUGACAAAAUAGAAGUUGAAAAUCUAGACACAAUUGCGAACACAAAUGUUGGAAAUAACUCGGUGACACCUCGCAAACGUCAGAGUAAGAAAUCAAUAAAAGUUAUAGAACAAACCACCAACACUCCUGAUAAAAAUAAAAGGAAUAACUUAAAUAGUGAAUCGGAAUCAAAAUUAAACGAAUCUAAUAAUUUGAAUGAAGAUGACGAAAUACGCUACAUGUUUCCACCAAAUCAACAAACUAAUAGGAAACACACAGGCGAAAUCAACAAGAGACAGCGGCCUCGUAGAAGCUUAACGGGCAUCCAUAAAUUAUGCGCUUCAGCAAAUCAGCCAGAAAAUUCUAUAGAUAGCACACAAGGGUAUCAGGAUUCUGAUGUAAGUCCAUCUUCAAAUCGUAUAGUUUUGAGGCGAAAAAGGAAAUCAAGCUUCUCCAAUGUACUUCGUAAACGAAAGAUUAUACUGCGGUAUGGAAAUCAAAGGAAAUCGCAUCCUUAUUUCUCUGAUGAUACUUCCAAUGAAUCUAACAGUCAAUCUCAAGUUCUUGGACACAAAAGUAACAGCACCUUGAAUCCUGAAGUAUACAAAUCGGAGUCUUACCAAAUGCUGAUGCCGCAAGAUCGGUACAAUUUUGGAGUUCUGAAUAAAAUAGAAGAAAAUCACACUACGCCAAACGAAUUGGCUAACAGUAACUUAAGCAAACCACCUGAAAUACACAUUGACAAUGAUAUCAAUGAAAAGAAUGUACACCAAGAAAAUAAUUCAAGCGAUUCUAUUCGCGGUAGUAUAGAAGCAGUGAACUCGAGUAGUGUCUCUUUACCGUUAUCGCCUGAACUGUCAAUCGUAGAGCAAUUGUCUGUAAGCAGGGAGCUAUUAAAAAGUUUUCAAGACCGCCCUAGUAUCAAUGAAAUUCAAGCUCUCAAUGAAGAGGCGAAUGGAUGCAUAAACCCCAAUAAGUAUUUGAUUUCUGAUUUAGAUGUGAGUAUGCCGCUAAUGGAGCAAAUAUGUCAGAUUCAAAAGAAUAGCCCCUCAAAAUGUAAUACGAACAUCCCAAAUACAUCUACUAUAUCACAAUCAGUAUUAGACAAAAUAGAUGUAAAUAUUAAAGAAGCUUCUAUAUCAGAUUCACUAGAUCUAAAACUACGAAACUUAUUGUUAGAGAGUGCCAAAAAGAUGCAAGUAUCACAUGCAAAAACCAGCAGAAAUAUUUCAAAUAAUAAUGAAAAUAUCGAAAUUACAUCAGACAUCAAUUUGAAAAAUAAAGCAAAAUCUAAAAAACGGUGUUCAACACCAUGUAAACGAAAAGACACAAAGAAACGUAAACUUCCCGACAUAGGCCCUGUAGUUGAAGAAGAAUGUAUGGAAUUCUGCUCCCAUGGAGGUAGAGAACCCUUUCCACCUAUUCCCAUUUUAACUAGUGAACUUACUAAAAGUAAUAAUGAGAUAAAUGAAGGUAACCCAAGUGAAAACGCAAAUACUGGCAAUAAAAGGAAAAAAUUAAAAAAAGAUAUUCUUAAAGUGAAGAUAUUGAGACCAAAGAACAAGAACCCGAAAAAAGAUAGAUCAGAUUUUGAGAAUAAACCAAGAGAUUGUAGUAGAGUAUCUGCACAAACUGAUAGCGGCAUAAAUGAUGCGUCGCACUUGUUUGUAGAAAGCUUGAAUGAUAGCAUUGACCUUAUCCACAAUCAUUCUGAUACUUGUCUACAAACAAAUGAAUGCAUGGACAGUGUUGAACUUAUAGAGGCGAAAAGGUCAAUUAUAUCAUUGAAUACAAACUCUGGGGACUCACCUGACAGAUUUAUAUUUGUGGCCAGAGACAGCAGUUCCUUGUCAAACGAAUUGUUUUGUAGUAAUGCUCAAGAUGGGGCAAAUAUGACAUGUGCAAAAGUCGGAUCCAACAACGAUUCGGUAUACCACAGUCCUAUAGCCAGUGAAAUUUCUGCUAAUAGUCUUAUAACAGAAGACUUAUCCGAUGAAUUGCCGUGCCUUUCCGGCAAAUCACCACUUACAAAUAUUCCUACAUCUAAAUGGUAUCUUUUAAGUGAAGAUGAGACUACAAAUACGAACUUACAAACCCCCAGUGUUGGUGCUAAUCUUAACCAAAUAUUCCCAAUAACAUGUGCAGUGCCUAACCUCUCCACAAUCACUGAAAUGUCUAAAGAAACCGAGGACAAUAGUAGAAAGCCAACAAUAGACAUAAGCGAAGAUAUAAAAACUAAUUUUGAUUCACAAUGUUUGUUUAACUUUUACUUAAGUUGAAAAUAUUGAUAUUUAUUUAUCCGUUUUUGUUAUUUAUUCAAAAUAGUGCAUAAUAAUUUUAGUCUGCUAAUAUACAGGCGCAUAUUCGGUAGGUUAUAUUCGAUUAUCCUGUCUGAUUGUAAAAGGCGAUAGAAAUCAAAUAUCUGACUAGAUUCCAUAGGG